UUCGUCAACUCGGUCAGAUGCAAGGACAUGAAAAAUCUUUUUGAUAACGGAGCCACUUCAACUUCCGUAAAGAAGCUGUCUGCUUAUGUAAAGCCAAGACCAUCUGGGAUAUCUAAAGAACAGGAUGACUGCUGGUCUGAAAAAGCAGUAAAAAGCUUGGUAAAGAAAUUGAAGAAGACGAAAUUAAUCGAGGAAUUAGAGAAGGCAUUAGCAACACAGGAUCCUUUUACCCAUUGUGUGUAUAUACCGCGAUCUGUUGACGGAAGAUUGCAAGUAUCCCAGCGCAAAUGUCUGCCACAUGUUGUAUAUUGCCGUAUGUGGCGUUACCCAGAUAUCGUUUCACCUCACCAGCUACGUUCAGUACCCCAUUGCUUAUAUCCCUUCAGCAAGAAGCUGGAAAACGUUUGUGUAAAUCCGUUUCACUACGAAAAAGUUGAAACCCCAGAAAUCCCUCCAAUUUUGAUACAGAAGAAAGAAGAGGAAAUGAUGCAAGGAAUCAGUUCAUUGGCAGAUAACAGUUUGCGACAGAAACCAUCAGAUUGGUUGAAGAAGAUGAUGGUGGGUUAUGAAAGGGAAGAUGGCCAGGUUCCAAAUUGUGAAUUGCCUUUGGAAGGUGAAGAUACUGCUCAGUACUGCGAUAUAUCUUCAGUUCUAAGUGAAAGUGCUACGUCGACACCUCCAACGCCAUCUGCUGAAGACACUAGUAGUCCGUUAAAUCCACGGCCAGAGCAUGUAUCAAUGGAGCAGUUCAGUGAGAAGGGAGAAAGCGAUGUUGCAGCGCUUGAGUCUUCAUUAUUAGACUAUGCUGUCGAAAAGUGUCUUACACUGAAGGAUAGCCAAAAAAACCCAAAUUUGGUAGCGGUGGAAUACCGAGAACCGCCUUUUUGGUGUACAAUUGCUUAUUAUGAACAUUCACAGCGAGUUGGUGACCUUUUUUUUGGAUCUGGUCUUCAAGUAUGCAUUGAUGGAUUUACUAAUCCGUCAACAGAAUCUGGACGGUUCUGUCUUGGUCUUCUUUCCAACUCUAAUAGAACCAGCGAUGUGGUAGAGGCACGUCGACAAAUAGGUCGUGGUUGUCGGUUCUAUACCUGUGGCAAUGAGAUUUACCUUGAGUGUUUGAGCGAUCAAGCAAUCUUUGUUCAGAACGCCAACUGUAAUCGACGGCAUGGAUUACACUUAGCUACCGUGUGCAAAAUCCCGUCACUGACGGACCAGUUUUUGCUAAUUUUAACGUUUUUCUUUCCAGAAUUGAUACUUUUGAUUUCAGGUUGUGCGCUAUGCGUUUUUAAGAAGGAUGAAUUUGCAUUCCUGGUUGAAAAGUGUGUUCCAUUUGGAUUUGAGGCCGUCUAUGCUUUGACUAGAUUAUGUUCUGUGCGAUUUUCCUUUGUGAAAGGCUGGGGCAGUAAGUACAAACGUCAGCGUAUAACUGAUACUCCAUGUUGGAUUGACGCAUAUUUUAAUGGACCUCUGCAGUGGUUGGAUAGUGUGCUGAAGCAAAUGGGUACUCCCCCAUAUAAAUGUUCGAGUUUUACUUAA